AUGGACAAAUCAUACGAAUCCAAGGAGGUCGGUGGCGGCCACACUAUCUCGUCGUCUGAGGAGGCACCGUCCUACGGUGAAACUCAACCCGCUGGCAGCUUCCGCCAGCGGUUCAUCGACAGUUUCAAGCGCGAUCCCAAUGCCCAUGUCACCAAAACAGGCCAGGUUGGCGCCGAUGGCAAUGUCUUUGAUCUCGAAACAGCCGCGCAGAACACCGCCAAUUCGCCCCUGCAGCGUCGGCUCAAGGGCCGUCAUCUGCAGAUGAUCGCCAUUGGUGGUUCCAUCGGUACUGGUCUGUUUGUCGCAUCUGGGUCCGUGCUGGCCGCCGGAGGGCCGGCGUCUGUGGUCAUUGCCUACAUCCUGAUUGGUGCUAUGUUGUAUUGCACCGUUCAUGCCCUGGGAGAAAUGGCCGUUCUGUUCCCCGUCGCCGGUUCCUUUGCUGCUUACUCGACCCGCUUCCUCGACCCGGCCUGGGGUUUUGCUAUGGGGUGGAACUACGCCCUGCAAUGGCUCGUUGUGUUACCCCUGGAAAUUGUCGCUGCAUCAAUUACCAUUUCGUUCUGGAACACUAGUAUCUCUCCUGCUGCCUGGGUGUCGAUUUUCUUGGUCCUGAUCAUCGUCAUCAACUUUUUCGGUGUCCGGGGGUAUGGGGAGGCUGAAUUCGUGUUCGCUAUUAUCAAGGUCAUUGCUGUCAUCGGCUUUAUCAUCCUUGGCAUCGUCAUCAACUGUGGCGGCGCUCCUCAAGGCGGUUACAUUGGUGCGCACUACUGGUAUGAUCCAGGUGCCUUCCACAAUGGAUUCAAGGGUCUCUGCAGUGUCUUUGUCAAUGCCGCUUUUGCCUUCGCUGGUACUGAGCUGGUGGGUCUGGCUGCUGCUGAGACCGCGAAUCCCCGUAAAUCUCUCCCCGGCGCUAUCAAGCAAGUCUUUUGGCGUAUCGCCCUCUUCUACAUUGUGGCUCUAACCAUCGUCGGAAUGUUGGUUCCUUACAACGAACCCCGUCUUUUGAGUGGAACCUCUUCUGCUGAUGCAAAGGCAUCUCCUUUCGUCAUUGCUAUCCAAAACGCCGGUAUCAGCGGUCUCCCUUCAGUUAUGAACGUCGUUAUCAUGAUUGCCGUCUUGUCUGUCGGUAACUCUUCCGUCUACGGAUCCUCCCGUACACUUGCUGCUCUUGCCGAGCAAGGACAAGCGCCAAGAUUCUUGGCGUACAUUGAUCGCCAAGGCCGUCCCAUCUUUGCCAUUAUUGUUGCCUCCCUUCUCGGCUUCUUAGCUUUCCUUGCCGCUUCGGACAAGGAAGGUGAAGCCUUCUCAUGGAUGCUGGCCAUCUCUGGUCUCUCAUCCAUUUUCACCUGGGGCUCCAUUUGCUUGGCUCAUAUUCGCUUCCGAUCAGGUUGGAAAGCCCAGGGCCACUCUCUCGAUGAACUGCCUUUCAAGUCGCAGGUUGGCGUCUAUGGAUCUUGGGUGGGCUUUGCUUUCAAUGUUCUUGUCCUUGUCGCUCAGUUCUGGGUUGGAUUUGCCCCUGUCGGUUACGCAGAUAUGAGUGCGGCUGAACUCACGAAGAGCUGGUUCUCUGCAUAUCUUGCAGCUCCCAUUGUCAUUGCCUUCUAUAUCCCUUAUAAGCUUUGGUACCGCACUCCGUUCAUCAAGGCUCAUCAGAUGGAUUUGAACACGGGCCGCCGUGAUCUGGAUAUCCGGCACUUGAUCGACGAAGAGCGUGCCGAGCAGGCCCAAUGGCCCGUAUGGAAGAAGGUUUGGCAUUUGUUCUGUUAG